AUGCCACUUGUGAGAGAGCGACGUCACCAAGAACCACUCACACUCUCUAUUCCUCCACCACUUUACAACCGCACCAUCACCGGAGACCCAUCUCCGGCGUCGUUUUCAUCAUCAUCAACAAGUCCUGACUCAUCGCCGGUUGAACCCUUGAACGAUCUCGAGAAACUCACCGUUUUAGGACAAGGAAGCGGCGGGACAGUCUACAAAACCCGUCACCGGAAAACCAAAACGCUCUACGCGUUAAAAGUCCUCCGCUCAAACCUCAACAUCAUCACUCUCGAAGCAGACAUUCUCAAGCGAAUAGAAUCCAGCUUCAUCGUAAAAUGCUACGCCGUUUUCGUUAAUUCCUCCGAUCUCUGCUUUGUUAUGGAGCUAAUGGAGAAAGGAUCUCUCCACGACGCGUUGCUUGGUGGACACGUUUUCUCCGAGCUAAUGAUAUCCUCUCUCGCUUACCGAGUCCUCCAAGGGUUACGUUAUCUGCAAGAAAUGAGAAUAGUUCACGGCGACAUAAAGCCUUCGAAUCUCCUUAUCAACGAGAAAGGAGAGGUCAAGAUCGCGGAUUUUGGAGCGAGCAGGAUCAUAGCUGGAGGAGACUAUGUUUCGAAUGGGACGUGUGUGUAUAUGAAUCCCGAACGAUUGGAUCAAGAGAAAUGGGGUUUUGGAGAAGUUGGAUUUGCAGGAGAUGUGUGGUCAUCAGGAGUUGUGGUUCUUGAGUGUUAUCUUGGAAAGUAUCCUUUGACCAAAGUUGGAGGUAAACCGGAUUGGGCGGCUCUGAUUUGUGCGAUUUGCUGUAAUGAGAAGGUGGAGAUUCCGGUGAGUGGUUCGCCGGAGAUUGGAGGUUUUGUUGACAGAUGUUUGGAGACGGAUUGGAGGAAGAGAGGCACUGUUGAAGAGCUUCUUCAUCCUUUUGUGAAAAACAGAUUGUAG